AUGCCCGCCGUAACCAAAAAACUCGCAAACAUCUUCUCUUCACCUUCUGCUUCACCUCGUCUCAACCCCGCCACACCCACCACUCCAGUACCACCAUUAACAACAUCUGAUACAUCUGCCGCAACAACUCAAGUCACCAGAGGCGGAAUGCCGUCCUCAUGUCAGCUCUUCGACCUUUUCAAGUUCAUGGCAGGAGGAAACAGUGAUCUCGGUCUCGCCGGCGGUGAAGCGGAUAGCGACGAAGAUGAAGCCAGUAGUACUUCUGACAUGUCCAACACGUCCGCCGCGGCUCAGCUCCCUACGGAAACCACACAGGACGAGGACGGGCUGCAGAAGUGGAUAGAUGAGACUUUGAAAGAGACAGAGAGGGAAAGAAGUACGCUAAGUGCGAGAUUCACAGAGCCUUCACCCGAGCUGGGUGAAGAACCUCCAUCGGUCGAUAACCCUUCUAUAGCCUCUGAAUCCGCCGCUGUCGGGGUAUCAGAUAUCUCGGACGAGGAGAAGCUUCUAGCUAUCAAGGAAGAAUUCGGCGAUAUUGCAGGAUUGAUGGAAGGAGGUGAAGCAGAACGUAUGCUAGCAGAUACCAAAGGCUCUUUGUUCAAGGGUGUGAUGAUGAUUGGCAAUUUCCAUCUCACCACACACAGACUCCUAUUCCAUGCGAUCAUACCACCCGAUUCUUUAGAUCCGACACCGACACCUAGCGGGCCAGAUGUCAUAUGCGCAGGUCCUGUUACGAUACACAGACCUGGCUUACAGCAAGCGAAGCGUGUAUGGAUGGAACUCACACCUGAGAUGGUCACGACGUAUCCCAGUGCCAAUGAGUCUGAUCGAGUCAGACCUAUACGGAGUGUACUAUCCAAUCAAUGGAGAAGAUCUUUUGACCGUGCUCUCUUCAGAAGUGCGAAAGCGAGAUGGAGAUCGGCGAAUGGCCAAGAAGAGGCAUCCGACGAAUGGUCAUACAUGCGCUGUUGCGUGCCGCUGGAUCGUACCACCAUCAAGGGAAUCAGCCCUUACCACUCUUUCGCAACUCUUGUUGGCUUGGAGGCCAAUCUAAGAAACACUCGUCAGGUUGACUCGUGUUCGCUCAGUGGGAAAGUGGUGCAGGGCGAUUUUACUACUGAAGAGGAAUCUGCUGUGCAAAAGGUCAGAACCCCGCCCGCUGAGAUGCUCAAACGAUCCUUCUCUUCCCCACGAGGUUCAGAACAUCGAUCCGCAUCUCCAGCGCGCAAACAUUUUUUCGGACCGAUCGCUCAAACCAUGCCUGAGGAUAGCACCCUCACUGUGAGCUACGGGAAUAGGUUGGAAUUCAAUAUAGGAGUGUUUAAUGAACAAGCCUGGUUCACCAAAGCAUUGCAGACUGCUGUCCUCGCGGCCGCCCAGAGACGAUACAAACCUGACGUACAGCUACCACCGGUGAUCUUCCAGAUAUCCGGUCAUGAUGUGGUGGCAACAGAUGAGGAUCUUGAACAGACCUUGGAUUCAUUCAGGACUUCCUCUCAAUCAGGCGAGUCGAUCCACGACGAGGAGGACUCUCGAGGCGAUGCGCUGCUGCAAGAAACUCGUAAAGCGGAAAGAGCCAGCAUGGCAGCAAAGGUAUUUGGUCUGAAAGAGGAUGAGGGAGUGUGGAUCAAACGGUGCUAUGUAGCGACCAAUUUUGUUCCCGCACGAGGGCACAUCAUCCUAAAUCCACACUUUAUCUGCUUUUGGCGAAGGAAUACCAUAGGAUCCGACCUCAAGGUGAGUUGUCAAGCGGAUAUUAAAGGUGCUACACCUGCACCCAGUUUACGGGUGGGCUUCGUUGGAAUGGCUCUGCACAUUCAUGGACAUCGUGACUUGCGUUUCGAAUUUUGGAAUAAGGAUUCGAGAGAUGAGGUAAUUACACACCUCAACGCCUUACUGGUCAAUGUCCCCCGGUCCACCACCAGUCUGAUCAACGAUCAAAAACCUCCUGCACCACAAUUCGACUCAAUGCCCAUCCCAAGAGCCGAAUCUCCUCUGUCUCUUGGUGCUGAAGAUGCUCAUCCAGCCGAUAUCCUGGCACCAAGCAGAGAGUCUAUAUAUCACUCGAGAGCUUUGCCUGAUGAAGCCAUCACCUAUAUGCCGUUCCUGGCAAACAAGCCAGUGGUAGAGCAGAUACGACUGACACCAAGAACAUUCGUCUGUUUGACUAUUGGCUCCCGAGGCGACGUCCAGCCUUACAUUGCGCUGGGGCUGCGACUGCUGAAAGAUGGACAUAAGGUGGUCAUUGUGACACAUCAAUCCCUCGGCGGAUUCCGAGAAUGGCUCGACAAUCUACUCAUCGAAUCAUGGCAGGCUUGUCACGAUGCCGACGUACUCAUCGAGAGUCCUUCGACCAUGGCGGGUAUACACAUCGCUGAGGCGUUGAAGAUACCAUACUUUCGAGCUUUCACCAUGCCCUGGACGCGGACAUCUGCGUAUCCUCAUGCUUUCAUGGUUCCAGCGUUUGAAAUGGGCCCUAGUUUCAACUACUCGACAUAUGUCUUAUUCGAUAAUAUCAUGUGGAAAGCUACGGCUGGACAGAUCAAUCGAUGGAGGAAGAAGUAUCUCAACCUCAAGUCGACAGAUAUGGCCGCAUUGUCGGUGACCAAAGUGCCAUUCUUAUACAACUUCAGCUCGGCGGUUGUCCCCAAACCCCUUGACUGGCAUGAUGAUAUCGUUAUCACUGGUUAUUGGAAUUUGGAAGAUAGCGAUACCGACUGGUCCCCAUCGCCAGAUUUGGAUGCGUUCUUAAACAAAGCGAAGGAGGACGGGAAGGCGUUGGUCUAUAUUAGUAUAAUCAAAGCGGUGGAGAAGGCCGAUGUACGAGCAAUUAUCGCAAAGGGUUGGUCUUCGCGAGGAGGUGACCCGGCCAAAGAAGGCGAAGAUAUUGCUUUCCCCGCAAGCUGCUUUGGCGUGGAUAAAAUUCCUCAUUCUUGGCUCUUCCCGAAAGUCCAAGCCGCUCUGCAUCAUGGAGGUGCGGGAACCGUCGGGGCUAGUUUGAGGGCCGGUAUACCCACGCUGAUCAAACCUUGGUUUGGUGACCAAUUCUUUUGGUCUGUCCGGGUUACCAAACUUGAAGUCGGCCUCAAAGUACCGUCGUUGCGGUCAGACGUUAUCGCCAAUGCUUUGAUCAAAGCAACCACAGAUGUGGUGAUGAUCGAGAAAGCGGCAAGAAUUGGUGAGAAGAUCAGGUCAGAGAGUGGUGUGGAUCAAGCACUGCAAGCAAUUCAUCAUAAUUUGAUUAGAGCCGGAAUGGAUAGACGUAAUCUUAAGUGGUCUUCGUAA